GCACUCCUACGAGUUUCGGCGAGUCGCGAGCACUCGCGAGGAUCCGCGACGAGAAUCGUUUCCCGUGCUUCCUCUCCCGAAGGAACAUCGGAGAGAGAAAAAAAGAAAGAGAGAGAGAGAAACAAAAGAGAAAAAGAGGGAGAGAGAGAGAGAGAGAGAGAAAGAAAGAGAGAGAGAGAGAGUUCCUGGCGACGUUAUACGGCGGAGUGAUCGAGAGAUUCGGGAAACGUGAUCUUGUGCGACGAAUACAAAAGAUUCAACGAGGUUGCGAAAGAAUUCGGACACGCGAUCGUUGUGCCUGCUCCGAGGUGAUUUUCCCGCUCGCUAGGAAAUUCCAGUCUCGUCUGAGAAAAUCCGAUCUAUGCGGAAAUCAGUAUAUAUAUAAAACCGCAGCUGCUCGAGAGACGAGGAAGAGAUUCGGGCCUGAGGGAUCUGCGCGAGAUAAGUCGGGGGCUUGCGUACUUCGUUCGAACAUUUCACUUCGUUGGAAAUAAAAUCGUCACACAUCUUUUCCGUGCCAUUUCGAAAGUCAAUUCUGAAAGUAUAUUCGAGCGCUAGUUAAUAAAAACACUUUGUCGAAUGACAUUUUAUUUUCGAUGUGAUAUUUUUCGGGCUAAGGAAAUUUUAAAGGUGAUAUGGCAUUUUAAAUGUCAAUGUAUCCAAGUGCUCUCAGUGUUGAUCUCAGAAAUCCCAGUAGACCUGGGUAAUUUAAGUGCUCGUGUAAUCGCGUAUACACGGUGUAUGACGAAGGAUCAGGAAUCGAUCGACGGUAGCCGUUGGGCUGGUACGAUAUACGCGAAUAAUAAUAGGUUAGUGCUCGUACACUUAACUGUGCGUGUCUCAGCGCGGCAACGCGCCUACGUUUCUCAUUGAAACCUGAAGAUACGAGAAGAGAAAUAAUAAUCUUGUGUAACGCGACGUCGCAAGAAGAAGAAAAGCAAGAGAAGAAAAAAAAACAGAUUUUUUUUUCUUUCCACGAGGAACGAAAAAUCUCUCCGUCUAAAUGUGAAAGAUUUUUUUGGCGAACAACUAGUAGAUAUAUUACUUGUGAUUUACAUUGGAAGCCGCCGAAAUUUCGAUAAAGCGGAAAAAUUCCCGUCUUCAAGAUUCCGUUUCUCGCGAAAAUGACGUCCAGGUUGCGCGGUCCCUCGGCAGUAAAGGAUACGCCGAGGACCGCCUCCUUCGCCAAGGACCAUUUCCAUCGAAGCGAGCCGGAAGUGCACUCCGAUCAGUCAUGCAAGAACGGCGGGCGCGGCAAUCGUUAUCACUUCGGCAUGUCGAAGCAACACGACGACAACAAAGUGGAACGGAACGGACGGGAGAGCGGUAAAGAAACGGAAGAGGAUAACGCCGACCUGUUGUACAGGAAGAGUAGAGAACAUUUUGCCUCCUGGGACAUCAAAGAUAUCGUGGACGAUACAAGAAAGUCAAAGAGACAGGAUCUCGAUGACACGCGACUGACAAAUGGAAAGUUCAGAAACGAGCCUGUGAGCGCGAAAUUGGACAAAUCGCAACAGGAAUAUCGGGACGAGGGUUACGUGGGAUCCCUGCCGAGAGAGGAUCAACAAGGAAGCGAGUCAGUCGAACGAGAGGUUAACGGUCCUAAUAGAUCGAGAAAAAAAGAAUCCUGGGAGGAGGAAGCGGAACCGAGAAGCCGAGGAAAAACGUCCAAGAUCAUCGACAGGAGCAAUGCGAACGACGCGCUACAGCCGGUUGACGAGAGAGAUAUUCUGCUUAAGGAGAUCGAGAACUUAGCUAUCGAUGGUAGUCAGUCGCCCGAUCGCAGGAUUCAGGCGAUGAUCGAGCGGUUAAAAGCGCGGGAAGAAAGCAAGUUGCGAUCCAGAAGAGAACAGAGAUCGGCGAGUCCCGAGAAAGAGGCGCACGGGAGAACGAGAAGCGGCGGCAGAAACGACUUGCGAUCGCCGGUCGCCGAUCAUUCGUUCGAUAAUCGAUCCAAUGAUCGCAGCAGAAAGCAGAAGGACGAUCGCGAUGAAGAACGUAGACCGAGCGAAUUCAAACUAUACGGGAAAUCCGAUCGAGACGAAGAGACUGCAAGUCGACGCGAUCGAUCGACCGAUCGGAGAUCGAGGAGCAUCGAGAGGCAGGACGAGGAUCGGAAACCUCGAAGAGACGACAGUUUACGAAAAAGAAACGACGUGUACGGUGUCGAGAAAAAUUAUCGAAGAAGAUCGAAAGAAGAUGAAGAGAAUCAGCUUCGAUCGAGAGACAGUUCGAAGAGAAGAAGUUACACUUACGAGGGCUCGCCGGAGGAAUUUGAGGUGAAAAUACAGAAGUACGAUCGAGCUCUCCUCGAGCCCAGAAGAGAUCUGGACCGAGGUUCGCCUAAACGAAGUUCACCCAGAGAACCGAAUCUGAUCAGAAAGGAAUCUCUGAAGGACUACGAUCGGGAACCGGUAACUAAAAAAAGUUCCUUCAGAGGGGAAUCCAAGAGAGGAACCAGCAAAGAUCGCAGCGAGACUGGUUUAACGAGGAAAACGUCAUUUAAGGAUCAGGACGAAACGUAUAGAAAGCACGUUUCGAAGAAUCAACAGGAAACCUCCGUCAGAUACUUCGGCAAAGAUCAGGAGGAUUUAUUCCGCAAGGAUGCGAAUGUGACAACAGAUGGAAAAAAUUCCUCCUUCAGAACACGAAAUUCUGAAUUCAACAGAACUUUCCCGAAGGAUCAACAGGACGACGUGAAGAAAAUCACUUCCAAGGAAACACAUGCAGCUGGAGUGAGUAGGAUCGUACUGAAGAAUUUCGAUGAUGAACCAAGUAGAAAUGACUCAUUCGGAAAUGCGAACGAAGAUUCUGGGAGAAAAAACUCAUUUAAGGAAAAAAACGUCGAGUUUGGUGAAACUUCCUACAAAGAUCGCAAGAGUGACUCAGACAGGAGGAAAAACAAUCUCAAGGACGAUGACGAAGAAUUCGGGCGAACGACCUAUCGCGAUUACGAAAACAACAUCGACAGGAAAAUUGCGAACGAUCGUUACAUCGAGUUCGGCAAAGUGUCGUUUAACACACAAGUCGACGAUUUACGCGUGUCGAGUCCUUACAAAGAAGAGAAGGACGACCACGAAAUUGUCAGAACGAGUUCCUUGAAGGAGCGCGACGCGAUGUUCUCGAAGAGACCUCCCGUAUCCUCGCGGAGCAGAAAUCGCGACGCGUUCGACGUCGAAAAAUCAGACAGACAUCUGAGAUCGUUAACGCCGCCGAAGAAAGACGAGCCGGAGUUGCCUCAGGAGGAUAAUAACUCCAAGGAUUCGAAGAACUUCUGCGCUAAGUCCUGGUACGAGAGCAACCGGUUGUUCUCCGCCAAGUAUCUGCGGGAUCACAGCAAGCUGCGAAAUCCUGCGGAAGCGCGAGUCGACGAUGACGUCUCGCCCGAGCGUGGAUUUUCAAAAGAUAAUGAUCCCGACGAAGAUAACUUGCAAUUAGAGACGCGCGGCAGGAUCGACUCGGGCGACGGCGAGUCGCCGCGAUUUUCGACUCGCGAGCGCAACGGGGCCACGAUCAUCAAGAUCCGAUCCGAGGAUCCUGGCGCCAUAGUGGAAAGACGCCGGCGGCGUCGUCCCGCGCAGGAAGUCUGCGUGGUGAGACGCAGAAGAUACGAGGACGACGACGGGGACAGCGACGAGGACGAAGAUGAGGAUCGCCGGCGAAGGACUCGUAGGGACGGCGGAAUCCUGCCGGGCAGAGGCGGCGGAGAUGCUGGCGGCGCGACGCCCUCGAGAACUAUCUGGAAUUAUCGCGAAGGGGGCGUUCUUAUCACCGACAUGGAAGAGGGACAACCCUGUUUGCAGUGCGGCGAAAAAUGUUCCGGAUUCUCGCCGCAUACUUGGAGAAAAAAUUGCGCCCGCUGCAAAUGUCCACGAGAGAACCACGAUGUCUGCCACGAAGAAUGGGUGUCCGUCAGAUCGCGGUUGGGACUUAAAGGCGACGAGUCGAGCGGGCCGAUCAGUGUGGAUCCCAGAGAAAAAGGCCUCGCCUGGGCACCUCCUGGACUCCCAUGGCAUAAGGUAGAAGAAUAUUUCACGAUGUUACCGGAGAUCUCUGUACCGAGACUCGGGACGCCCGGCGAGCGGCACAGAGAUCGUCAGUUGGCGAUUCAGUUGCCGAAACAGGACUUAGCGAGAGCUUAUUGUCGCCACUUGAAUCCCAAAGACGCCAGUAGCGCUGACGAUUUUAUGGCCGCGAGGAACGAGAUCGCCCUGGACAUCGGUAGUGUGCAGGAAAUUUCUGAACGAGGUCUGGAUUGCGGCGUGUGUGGAUCGUCUCUGAAGUACAGUAGCCUCGCUGUGUCAGCCAGCAAAGUGGGCCUGCUCUUUCACCCGGCGUGCUUCAGAUGCGCGGAUUGUAAAGAGCUCCUGGUCGAUCUCGCUUAUUGCGUGCACGACGACACGCUUUUCUGCGAGAGGCAUUACGCGGAACAGCUUAAGCCGAGAUGCGCCGCAUGCGACGAGUUGAUUUUCAGUGGCGAAUUCACAAAGGCGAUGAACAAGGAAUGGCACAGCGGCCACUUCUGUUGCUGGCAGUGCGACGAAUCCCUAACCGGACAGCGUUACGUCCUAAGGGAUGAGCAUCCUUACUGCAUCAAGUGCUACGAGAGCGUGUUCGCCAACAGCUGCGAGCAGUGCAGCAAAAUCAUCGGCAUCGAAUCUAAGGAUCUGUCGUACAAGGAUAAGCACUGGCAUGAAGCCUGCUUCUUCUGUACCAAGUGCAAAGUGUCCUUGGUGGACAAACAGUUCGGUAGCAAGUUGGACAAGAUCUACUGCAGCAACUGCUACGACGCCCAAUUCGCGACCCGUUGCGAUGCGUGCGGCGAUAUCUUCCGAGCUGGCACCAAGAAAAUGGAGUACAAGACCAGACAAUGGCACGAGAAGUGCUUCUGCUGCGUUGUCUGCAAGAAUCCGAUCGGCACGAAGAGUUUCAUCCCGCGCGAACAGGAGAUUUACUGUGCCGCGUGUUACGAGGACAAGUUCGCCACCCGGUGUGUUAAAUGCAACAAGAUCAUCACUAGCGGCGGCGUGACAUACAAGAACGAGCCGUGGCACCGAGACUGCUUCACGUGCAGCAACUGCAACAAUUCCCUGGCGGGACAACGAUUCACAUCGCGCGAUGACAAACCGUACUGUGCUGAUUGCUUCGGCGAGCUCUUCGCCAAGAGGUGUACCGCUUGCUCCAAGCCGAUCACUGGCAUCGGCGGCACUCGUUUCAUCUCGUUCGAAGACAGGCAUUGGCAUAACGAUUGCUUCAUUUGCGCGGGCUGCAAAACCUCGCUGGUCGGACGAGGCUUUAUCACCGACGGCGAGGAUAUCAUUUGUCCGGAGUGCGCCAAGCAGAAGCUGAUGUAAAGCGCGCGACUUUGCGACAACGAGAAUGACAGCGGCACCGACGAGGAGAGCGAAGGGAGAGAAAGGACGGAAGCGCGAUGGACUUUUGUUGGAGAAUCCGUGAAAUCGCUUGCGCCGACCGAGACGGGGACUCGAUCGAAAGAUUCUCGAAGAUGUGAAAUCGCACCGAGAGAAUAAAAAAAUUAUAAAAAUAUAAAAAUAAUAAAAGUUUAUAAAAAUUAUGAAAAAAAAAAACUUUUGCGACAUGGCGCUCGUAAUAAACGUUUUAUUACGACCAACCAAUGCGCGCGUUGACGUGCGACUUUUCCCGAAGGAAGAACAGAGAGUUGGAGAAUCCUUCGACCAAGUUCUUGUCUCGGUCAGCGAAGUGAUUUUACGAUCGCCAAUCGAUCGUUCAGAAAGGAGAGCGACGCGAACGAACGCGAGGGUUCGCUUCUAUCCUUGAUGUUAGAGUUUCUGUUUCUUUAUUUCUGCUUGUGUGUGCUCUUAGAGAAGAGCAACGACGCGUGUCUGUAAUCGAGACAAUUUGCUCGAUCAUUACGCCUGAGAUAUAUAUCGAGGAUCAAGAGAAAUAUAAUGUAAAACGAAAUCGAAGAAAUAGAGAACAAAGCAGAAGAAAGCGUGUGAGCAGCGAAUGUUGCGUUCCACUGUAACAAAAUAACGGGCGUCGAUCGGUAUGGAUGAUAGAUGAGCCUAAGCGUUCCACGUGCUCUCGUGAUGUUACUUUAUCUGUUACUCUAGAUGUUACUAAUGGUAGAGAAAUAUACGCGCGUGCGCGCAAAGAGAGAGAGAGUUCUAUAUAUAUAUAUUACAUAUAUUCUUAUGUGGAAGAUAUAUAUGAAUUUGAUGUUAUUUCUAUAUAUAUAUAUAUAUACACACACACACACAUACACAUUUUAUUCGACUCGCGGAGAACACGACGGUCUACACAAGUUACACUUACAUGCACACAUCAACACAUCAGUUCCGGACCGGCUGACACGCCGUUCUCUCUCUUUUCCUAAACCUCUUCUAAACGCUUCGUGCGCUAUGGUGCACACAUUAAUUUAAAAACUAAUUUAAACAAUAAAUGUUUGUCAAAAAGUUGUUGACUUUGUAUUAAGCGAAAACAUCUUGACUCGCUCAGACUUGAAGUCACUUGUUUGGCGAAUUAUCGAGAAAAUUCGUUAAUUUUCUGCAUCUUUAGUUAAAGAAGAUGCGACGUACGAUACGAACGAGUUUUGAGUGUCACCGCUCGCUACGUCUCGGCUCUCUUCUCAGUCGUCUUUCUCUCCCUUUUUCUCGCUCGUCGAGAGAAUCAGGCGCGCAUCGUCGUCGUAGGGGAACCGCCAUCGUUCCGUGUAAAUCGCGCACACACACAUACACACGUACACACACGUAUAGAUACAUUCAUACACAAAAUACAUGAACGCUACAAGCAUUUUUGCACUAACACUUUAAAAGAAUCUUGAAGGAGAAAAAAACGACAAAAAAAAGGAACGAAAAUACGUACACUCAUGAUAAAACGAACACGCAUACACACACACACACACAUACGUAUCAAACUUACCGAACUGAGCCUCGAGCCGAACUUCAUCGCGAAUCUUCAUUGCGCGUUCAACCGAGCCGGUACAUUUUUCGUUACGCAACUCCACUCGCAGCGUUUCGUCGGAAACUUGAUUGGCGACAGUUUUGACGUUACACAUUUAAUGAACAACGCUGUGAGCUGAGCCUCGAAUGAGUCGAAUGUCACGCGAUCAAAACAAAAAACGUAGAUUGCGCAGAUGCGCUCGCGAGAUUUCGAAACGCGCGUUUUCGAGAUUCGGCUGGAAGUUCAGUCGAGAUCGAUAAAUGUGAAACCCAAGAGACCGGGUUAUUACACAUAUGUAAUUGCACAUGCACAACACACUCACAUACACAAGCACACGUAUGCGACAUACGAGUGUGUUUCCGACGCAGAAACACUAAUUGUGGCCUUAUCCGCACCGAUAAGUAUGAUAUAGGAGCAAAAAAAAAAAAACACACACAUACACAAAGGAACUAACAUCUUACAAUAAUUUACUCGAGAGUUACAGGAUACUUAAUAUCAGAUCUAUUCUUAUACAAGAGCAAAUAUAUAUAUAUAUAAAAAAAAAAAAUCCACGUUACCGAACUGAACAUCUGGCCGGCUGAAUCUCGAAUUGAAAAUUGCACGCGCAAAUUUCUCAGCUAAAUCACGUGUGUUUUGCGAGCAUUCCUGCAAUCUAUAUUAUUUUUUGUGUUUCAAGAGGCUUGACAUAAUAAUAAACGCGCAAUCGCGGCUUAUGAUGUGAUUUCGGUCAGAGAAAUGUGUGUUCAGUUCAGUAAUGUUCGUCUCAACAACACAACGCGCGUACCAAGAAUUUUACGAACAACAGUCAAAGUUGAACAAGAGACAAGCUCGAACCACGGACGUUCGAGUUUCAUUCGCGACCAAUAUCACGCAAAAGUCAAACACGUGCUAUAAUAUACAUAUAUGUUCCGACGGAGUCACUUACACACUAAUCGUCUUAAUUAGUAAACGAUAAAAAAAAAAAAAAAAGAAAGAGAUUAUUCUAUUAUUCAGCGUAUCUCUCUCCUAUACAAUGUUAUAUUGUAAAAUUGAUAAAUAAACAAAUGUAAUAAAUAAAUAUAAUUAUU